ACACCGGGAUCUUGUCAGGAGCUGUGCAUGCUGUGGCACAGGCACAGGUGCCUGGUGGUGAGUAGGUGCCACUCUGGCAAGCUCACGGUGUGCUCAUGUCUGCCCCUGCAGCCACCUUCCCUCGGCACUGCAGAGGGAAGAGAGGCCCAGCUGCAGCCUGGAAAAACCUCAGGACACAGAUUUGUGCUGUCCAAGAGAGGUGUGGGUGAGUGCUGCUGAGUGCCCAGCAAGGGGCUUGAGCCAGCCCAGAUGUGCACAGGCAGGUCCCCUCUGACCCUGCCAGGGCCUGGCCUGCAGCCCUGCAGCCUGAAGAUGGAAUGUGCCAAGUUUCACCUAAACAAGAGGAAGAGCUUUGUUGUGAGGGUGAGCAGAACAGGUUGCCCAGCAAGGCUGUAGAGUCUCCUCUGAAAAUACUUGAAAGCCAUCUGAACAGAGCCAUGAGUACCCUGGGAGCCCUACUUCAGCAGGGAGGUUGGACUAGGUCCCUUCCACUGGUCCCUUCCAACCUCUCCCAUCCCCGGAUUCUGAUCCUGUGGAGAUGAGGCACAAAGUCCCACCCAGGGGUGACAGGUAAGGCGUGUGCUCCCCUGGGAGCACACACGGGGGUGUCCGUGCCAGAGUGUCCCUGUGCCUGUCCGUGCCAGAGUGUCCCUGUGCCUGUCCGUGCCCGUGAGUGUCCCCGAGUGUCCCCGAGUGUCCCCGAGCCUGGGCCGUGCCUGGCGGUGCUGCGGCACCAUCUCGUGGCCAUCGGGACAUGGCUGUGUACGACCUUGAUAUUGGAAAGGGGUAAGUCUGUUGAAAAUGUGCGGUAGUUUUUAAAUUUGCCAGGAAAAGUGCAAUGAAACGCAGCAAGCAGAAUCUGAGUUUUAUAGGAGCAGGUGCAAAGGGAAGUUUGAAUGCAAUCCGUUCAAUAACCCAUUGGGAAGCAAUGGAUAUCCUGUCAUUUUGCCUCAAAAUGAGCAUCCCACAGGACACCCUGCACUGGCCAGGAGCUCUGGGUGUCACCAUGGGAGGGUCUUUUGCUUGCACUGGGGUGCAGCACACAAUACUAGGGCCAGCAAGGUGUGGAGAUGUGAGGCUGAGCACAGAGCCUGGGUGCUGUAUCUGUCGAGCCACAGAGGUUUCACUGUUUAAAAGCAUUAAAAAUUACUUCAGAACUGCACUUUUAGCUACAUAAGGCAAAUCCUGAGGAAUGAAACAGCUGUCUGUUGUGUCGAUGGGGGUGGUGUUUGUGAAACCGAUGAGUUACCCUGGUGGAGAUAUGGGACCACAGAAACAGACCAUGGCCUGCAAACAGGCUGGAGAUCUUCAGCUUUCCCUGGAUGUGACGAGUCAAGUGGUGCCAGCAGAUAACGCCUGGGGAGUACGUGACUGCGUCCCCUCCAAGGGGUUUCUGCUGUGGCCUCCUGCACUGGGGGCACAGCUCCUCUCCUGGGUCCCGGCUGUCCCUUAUCUCCCCGCACAGACCUGUGUCCUGACCUCAUGUGAAGCUGAGCCCCGUGCCUGGGACGUGGAUAAAGAGCUGGCCAGGUGAUGAGACCCCCAUCCGGUGUCCUCACUCCUGGCUUGGCAUGGCUUGCUCCGCUGGCUGAACUCAUUUGCAAGCGCUCAGCCAAUCCCUAUAAAUGCCAAGAUCAAAUCUUGAGUGAAGAUCCAUAUGAAAUGCCCAAAGACUACCAGGAGGUCUACAGAGGAACAAAAAAUGAUGUCAAAGAGAUCCCAAAGAUUGCAAAGCCCUUUGUUUCUGAGAUGAUCUUUGUGCAAACCAGCAUCACUGCUAUCAGGAAAAGUGCCUUCAGGUACAUGCCCAACCUAACCAAGAUUUUGUUCAUUGGCAACAAGAUCAAGACUGUUGAACCUGGAUCCUUUGAUAACCUGGACAAGUUGAGGGAAUUGGACAUCUCUGGUGCCUCAUUAGAAAAACUAUCUGUGGGCACUUUCCAAAACCUCCCAAGUUUACGGAGGCUGGAGCUGAGAGACAGCCAGCUCAGAUCCAUCCCCAAAGGCCUCUUUGAUGGGCUGGAAAGUUUGGGAGAGCUCUCCCUGCACAUCAAUGCAAUCCCUUCUCUUCCAGAAGGCAUUUUUGAUUCUCUUGUCAAUCUAACUUUUUUGGACCUGUCUAGAAACAGGAUCACAGCUCUUCCUGGGAAUGCCUUUAGCAAACUCACCCAGCUGCAAGUCCUCCGGCUGUAUGAGAAUGAGUUGCAGGACCUCCAAGAGGGACUGCUGGACAGUCAGCUGGAGCUGCUGGAGCUCAGCCUCCAGAGGAACAGGCUCAGGGCACUGCCACCCAUGCUUCUGAGGAGCCUGCAUCACCUGGAGAAACUCUUCUUGGACAACAACCUCAUCAGGGUUCUCCCAGCUCAGGGCUUUUUUGGUUUAAACAAACUGAAGUUGCUGACUCUGGGCUCAAACCAUAUUAUGGAGCUCCCCUGCUGCCUUUUUGACACCAUGCCACACUUGCGGGAGCUGGAUCUGGGCAGGAACAGUUUGGCCACACUUCCAGAUGGCGUCUUUGUCAAUCUCACAUCCCUUGGCAAGCUCAUCUUGUCCCACAACCAGCUAUCUGCCCUGCCAAGAGGAGUCUUCACAGGGCUCAGCAAGCUCUUGGACCUCCAGCUGGACACAAAUCAGCUCUCUGCUCUGGAUGAAGAGGUCUUUGCUUCUCUCCCAAAUCUGAAAACCCUCAACCUUCGAAAGAAUCAGCUGGAGAGUGUUCCCCAAGGGCUCCUAGACCCUCUGAAGAAGCUCAGCUCAGUGUAUCUGAGUGGUAACCCAUGGAGAUGUGACUGCAACCUCUGCUACCUGCACCGCUGGAUCCUGCACAACAGGGAGAAGGUCAAAUUGUCCACCCAAGUCUCCUGCAAGAGCCCACCCCACCUGGCAGGGCAAGAAGUAACAUUGCUGAGGGAUGAACACCUGAUUUGCCCAGGCACUCUGCCCUUUAACUCCACACCAUCACAAAGGACAGCAACGUUCCUGUCACAUGGAGCCACGUCCACAGCAGCACCAACCAUGCUGUCAUUGGCAUCCUUUCCCAUCAGGACACUGCCAACCACUCUUUCACCUGUGGUCACCUCUGCUGUGUUGCCAACCAUGCCAAUGGAAGUUGCCUUCACCACUCUGUCACCAAUCAAGCCACCUAAGGCCUUUGUCACCACCCCACCACCAGCUGUGCUGCAGAAGACCUUCGGUGCCAGCCAAUCAAUAACCAAUAAGCCCAAGGCCUCCAUCACCAUGCCAUCAACAACCAGUGUGCCCAGGUCCUUCAUCACCACACCAUCACCAACUGUGCUACCAAAAGCCUUCAUCAGCACCUCAUCUCCAGCUGUGCUGCCAGAGACCUCCAUUACAACCUCAUCUCCAGCUGUGCUGCCAGAGACCUCCACUGCCACACCAUCACCAUCAGCUGAGAUGCCCAAGGCUUCCAUCACCACUCCAUCAUCAGCUAUUUCAACUUCAGCCAUUGUAAGGCUACAGUCUCCUGGGGCCGCUCUAGCUGCUGCCACCACACAGGUGCCAACAAGCCCACUGGCAGCCACCACCAGACAAGAGCCUCCUGCUCUCUCAGUGCCCAGGGAGAAGCCAGCCACCAUCCCACAGGGAACACCCAUAGCCCCCCUUGUCUCAGCUUCCUCCGUGGCACUCUGGCCAUCCCCCAGGACUGCUGCUCUGGGCACAGUCCCACUGGCCUCAUAUUCGCCAACGCACCGUGCUCCUGCACCAGGCAGGGAAUGGGCCUAUUCCACCACGUGUGACCUGUCCACAGCUGGUGCCCAGCCCACCCCCACUGCCCCCCAACACGCUCCUGCUCCGGCAGGCACUGUCCUGCUCCCAACACCUCCCGUCCCCAAACUAUCAGACAGCACGAGCCCCUGCCCAGCCUCUCCACCCCUGGUCCCCAGCAGCCAUCGUGCCUGGGGAUCAUCCCUAUGGGCCAGCCCAUGGCAGUGCCAGGUGUCCCUGGCCUUGGGGGUGGCCGUGCUGGCACUGCAGGCAGCCUGCACACUGCUGGGGGGGGUGGUCGCCCUUCUUCUUCACCAGGAC